CCGGCAAUUCAAAUGGGUGCGCUGUAUCAAUUUUUAUCUUGUUCUUGUCUCAUCAGUUUCUCCCAGACUGUUCGCUAGCAAGAUACUAUGAUGGAUUUUACUGGCAUUUCUUAAAAAAUUGGGAACUUUAGCUUUUUCAAUGAAUUUAUCAUUAAUUUUAAUAACCUUCUUAGCAUGCUUGCUUACUCUUGGAUUUUCGAUGCCGUCUUAUGAAUAUGUUUCUUCUGUUGUGGAAACAGAAUUCAUCAUCAGUUAUUAUGAACAUUCCUGUGCACAAUCUCGUCAUCGUUUUCUGAAAUCCAUACUCAAUUCGUUCCCAUUGAAUUAUUCCAUAAUGGAGAGAUGGUAUCCACCAUCUAAUGCGAUAGAGAAAAAAAGUGAUUUUGAUGUAAUCAAGACAUUAAAUCUCAGUCGUAUGAAUGUAUCAAAUUUUAUCCAAUACUUAUCUAAUAUCAGUCAAAUAAAAUCAGUUUCACCACAAAAACAAAUAAAUCGUGUUCUUCUAAACUAUGAUAUAAAUGGUGAGGAGUUUUCGCAAAAUACUAAUCGCUUUGAUUCAAGACGAAAUUUAAAACUGUUUGGCGAUUCACAGAGAUAUUCUUCUCCUGGAACUUUACCAUUAGAUCCGUUAAAACAGCCAUGGAAACUGUUACAAGCGGAAUAUGCGUGGUCUCGCGGUUUGUGCGGUAAUGGUGUUCGUGUGGGUAUAUUCGAUACAGGAUUGGCAUCACCUGAUCAUAAACACUUUUCAUUAAGUAAUAUUAUUGAAAGAACUGAUUGGACAGUAGAUAUAACUAAUAGAUCCUAUUCUGAUGAUUAUAUUGAGGCUGUAGAUCGACAUGGUCAUGGAACAUAUGUCACAGGUUUAAUUGCUGCUCAAAAUCCUAAUGUAUACUACUCAAAAUUUAUUAAUUCUUUUAAUAAACAUGACGAUUCUACUUGUCCACCAUGGGGAUUUGCACCACGUGCAGAUUUAUUCAUAUUUCGUGUAUUCACUGAUACACAAAUAUCUUAUACAUCAUGGUUUUUAGAUGCAUUCAAUUAUGCAAUUAGUCGAAAAUUGCAUGUUAUCAAUCUUAGUAUUGGUGGACCAGAUUUUUUAGAUAAACCUUUUGUUGACAAGGUUUUAGAAUUAUCUGCAAAUGGAAUACUAUUAGUUUCUGCUAUCGGGAAUGAUGGCCCUUUAUUUGGAACAUUAAAUAAUCCAGCUGAUCAAAUGGAUGUUUUAGGUGUUGGUGGUGUGGAUGCUUUGGGUCGUGUUGCAAGAUUUUCUUCACGUGGAAUGACUGGUUGGGAACUUCCAGCUGGUUAUGGACGUGUAAAACCGGAUAUUGUUACUUUUUCCACUGGUGUUAUCAGUUCUAAUCUAGACGGAAAAUGUCGUGUAUUAUCAGGAACUAGCGUAGCAUCUCCAAUUGUAACAGGCGUUGUUAGUUUAUUAAUUAAUGCUGCUUUAAAUCAUAAUGCUAACUUAAUUAAUCAUAAAAAUGGUAGUCUAUAUUAUAUGAAUAAUGUGGAUAACUAUCCAUUUGUACCUAUUAAUCCAAUAAGUAUUAAACAAGCUUUAAUAGCCAGUGCAAAUCAACUAGAUUCAGUACGUGUAUUUGGUACGAAUUCAAUAAAAUGGUUACAAGAAACUGAUCAAAGUAGUAUGUUUGAACAAGGCGCUGGUUUGGUAAAUCUUCAGUCGGCCCUAGAGAUUGUACAGCGUAUGAAACCUCAAGCAAGUCUAAUGCCUAGUUAUUUGGAUUUAACUCAAUGUCCAUAUAUGUGGCCAUAUUGUUCUCAACCAUUGUACUCUACCAUUCAACCAAUUAUCAUCAAUAUAACAAUUUUAAAUUCUAUGGAUGUUGUUGGUCGUAUAGAAAAACCGCCUAUUUAUCAUCCAUACAUUAAUUAUAACGGACAUCGUCUACAUGUUGGCAUUUCAUAUUCUCAAUAUCUUUGGCCAUGGGUUGGAUAUUUAGCUGUUUAUCUAAGUGUAACACCUGAUUCUACUGACGAUAUUAUACCAUCUUCACGUUUCUCUGGUGUUGCCGAAGGUUAUAUCAGUCUUGUUGUGGAAUCUUAUGAUAAUAUUCGAAAUCUAUCAUUAAGCACAAAUUUACGAUUACCAAUUAAAGCUAACAUUGUACCUAUUCCACAUCGAUCAAAACGAAUUCUCUUCGAUCAAUUUCAUAGUAUUCAUUAUCCAUCUGGUUUUAUUCCUCGAGAUGAUUUGACCCGAUCAAAGGAACCAUUAGAUUGGUUAGGAGAUCAUAUUCACACAAAUUUUCUCGAUUUAUACACACAUUUACGUAGAAAAAGUUAUUUCAUUGAAGUAUUAACUUCUACAUUUGACUGUUUCAAUGCAUCUAAUUAUGGUACAUUUCUUAUCAUUGAUCCAGAAGAAGAAUUCUUUCCAUAUGAAGUAGAAAAAUUAUUUAUAGAUGUUACAGAAAAGGGAUUAUCAUUAAUUGUUUUCGCUGAUUGGUAUAAUACUAGUGUUAUGCAAAGUUUACGCUUUUAUGAUACUAAUACUAGACGUCUAUGGACUCCAGACACUGGUGGAUCGAACCUACCUGCAUUGAAUGAAUUACUUCGACCAUUUGAAAUUGAAUUCGGUGAUUCUGUUUUCUCUGGAAAUUACGUAAUAGGACAUCGGACUGUUGCAUAUCAUUCAGGUAGCAGUUUAAGAAAAUUUCCUAAUCAAGCUAUCGCUAAUCAUACUGGUCGAACUGCACUGUUAAAAGUUAAUCUGGUCGAUAUUGGAAAACAGUUCAUUCAACACGAUUCCAUGUUUUCAAAGUCAGAAUCAGAACCAUCAUUGGAAGGGGAUAAAAUUCUUGUUAAUUCUGAACCAAAUUUACGUUUAAAACCAAUAAUUGGUAAAGACCCAACACCAGCUAUACUUGGUCUAUGGACUCCUAUCGUUGAAAAUGUAGUCAGUGAAAUGGGACGUUUGUCAAUUUACGGAGAUUCGGAUUGUUUAAGUUCUACGCAUUUAAGUUCAAAUUGCUUUUGGCUGUUAGAUGCAUUACUUCAAUUCUCGACCAGUAGUAUGGGACGAAUCCCACGAAUUUUAAUUGAACAAAUGUUUACACCGAAUACCGAUGUCUGGUUUGAUUCUUCUCUGACAGCACCUUCACGUGCAAAAAGUUUGUUCAAUCCACCUUUUCUAAUAUAUGUUUUUUUUUUCAUGUUUGAAAGCAAUUGACUAAACGUUUUAGUGUAGGUUGUUUAACAACUGAACCAUCUUUGUGAGUAGUUUGGACUGUGAUCGAAUAUUUUGUUGCUUCAAUCCUCUAUAUUGUUUGACAUACUGCCCUCUAUUUGCCAUAUGAACACCAAUAUAAUGUUAUUCAACUAAUCGAAGUGAAGCAUAUCGAACGGCGUUACCCUUGAUUCUUCAUUUAUCUAGAGUUAAAUAUUCUUAAUAGUUAGUUAUUGUAUGCACUAUAUUGUAUUUGUUUGUGUGGUUGUAGAGGUGUGUGAGCGUUUCUCACUACCUAGAUCCCGGCAUUCUGGAAGGAUACUUAUAAAGAUUCCUGAAAACAAAUAAAUUGGAAUAAAUCUCGUUAAACUCUGAGCAAUUGGUAGUAGCACAAAGUGACAUUCAAAUAUAACCUAACUUGAGUGGUUCUUGAUGCGUUAGCUUCGUACAUUUGAGGCUUUUUCGUCAUUGACAUAAAUCCUUGAGGUAUAGAGAGAUGUUCGUUUUUUAUGGUUGACCCUACUUUUUUAUGCAAAAAUGUUGUAUCGUUCCAAAUGCUGGUUGGAUUAGAAGAACACCUUACUGCCGUCACUCUAGUAUAGUCGAUAGUACGGAUUCAUCCGUAAACUUUGAUUCACUGCUCUUAGUCUUACGGCUCAUCAACUGACGUAUCUCAUAUGGCAGAACAAGUGAUUCAGCAAAAAUAACAGGAUUUUGUUAACUUCAUUAUGUAAACCUGAACAUCACCGAAUCGUUCUCAUUAGUAAUAAACAUAUAUCUUCAUUAUAAUCACGCUUUAAUUUGACCGGUGUUUAUGUACUUCUCUGUUUUGAUUUCAUUCUACAAGAUUCUCAAUUAAAUCUGUAUAGUAAUGUGAUAAAAAAGGAAUGGGAUUCAUCUACAUUGAAUACUAGUUAUCUACCACUUGAAGCUUAUUAUUCUGUUAAAUCAUGUUAUAUCGCUCCAACAGCUUCCAUAUCCAUAGAUAAAGAUGAACCAAAUGAGUAAGUUUGAAUUAUCAUUGUUGUUUCUUUUCAAAGGUUAAAUGGAUUUAACAACUAAAUCGAGUAGUAUCAACACACACAAUGGUUUUUUCCCAAUAAAUACACGGACAUUAUUAUCAUUAUUAUCGUUGGCUUUAUUCAAUAUUAUUUUUUGGCAAUAUAGACUUUUAAGCGCAAAGUAUUUCAACAAGCCUCCUCUUAUUUCGUUUUCGAAGCUGACGAUGAAUACUGAGUGAUAUCCAGUUAGAUGUUAGCAGUUCAGCAAUCAAUAUCUGAAUAAUGUUCACUCUUUUCAAUUCAUAUUGCUAACCACCACAAUAUCUCUUAUUGUUCUGUUUUGUAACUUGUUCAGCGAAAUGUCGUAUACUUUUCAUAAAUGCCACUUAUUUAAAUAUAUCUACAUGAACGGAAGAGGUAGCACAGAUUUAUUCAAGCAGGCCGCCUACAAUCACUUUUACUGUAUUCUCAAAUAAUUGAAGUAUUUGGAAGUUAUUCAUUAAUUGUAUUCUGUCUUUUGGAAUAGAAUACGGUAGGAGAGAAUUUCGGGCUGCUUAUUGUAUUAACUCUGUCUCAGAUAUGGUCGCUAGUCCCCUUAAACUUAAAUAGAAAAAAUAUCAUGGUCGUUUGUUUCAUUUAGUUUCUUCGACAAUUUAAAAUGAUUUCGAAUAUACUUCAAUAAAGUGAAAAAAUAUCUGACCAUAUCAUGAAUGUUUGUAAUUCCCAGCAGCAUAAAUCCUGUUACUCUUGAAAUAAGGCAACAAUAGUGACAAGUACCUUUCAUCAAUAAGUUCUGCUAUUCGAACUUUCUAAGAUUAUUUUGACUAAACCAGUUGGACUUUAUAUGAGAUUUGGUAAUUUUCUAUGGUUGAUAUUGUCUCAUGACAUCUAUCUGCAGAUUUUAUUGUUUAGUAUAUGUAACUAGCAGUGAAAUACAAGGAGCAAGUUUCGUCCCAUUUAGGACUCGUCGAUUCUCGUAUGUAUCUGCAUCGCAGUGUUUAUGUUCACAUUGAGACUUAAGUAUCAACCAUGAGCAAUUGCAUACGCUUAUACAUCAUUUCUUUAGACCGCUUUGAACAAGCCAUUAGCUUAAUGGUUAACGUGUUCCCCGAUUAAAACGAUAGCUACUUUGUUGCAGUCUAGAUGUGAACAUUUGUAUACAUUGAAAUUCAUGCGCGUCAAUCCGAUAAGCCUCCAAAUCAGACGAAAAUUGCUUCUUGGAUUGUAUUCCACCGCUAGUCGUAUUACUAUAUCUGCUAAAGCAGAUAGAUGACAGUGGGUCUGUCGACAAUUUUCUGUCAUAAGAAUGUUGAAUUUGUUUACUGUAAUAUAUCUCACGUAGCACAACUUCAUCAUUCCAGUUAUAAUUCUGAUUGUUCAGUGUUUAAAUAAAUAUUAAUUUUUCUUUGAAACUUUCCAGAUCAUUCUAUCAUCCACAGCGCUUAUUGCUCUAUCCAGUAGAAUUAUAUCCAUCGGAAAAAUUAUACACUACUCAUUAUUGUCACUCAUUUAUUUCAAUUCUAUCAUCUGAUAAGAAUUCAUUCUUAAUUAACAAACCGAAAUUAUUGUUACAGUCUAUUAACGACUUUAUACAACUUGAUUUGUACACAUCUUAUAGCGUAAAUUUUAUAUGCGUCAUUAUACUACUUAUAGUAGUUUGCUAUUUUUGUAAACAUUGUAUCAUGUACUUUAGUAACAGUAUAUUAUAUGUAACAGGAUGGAUUCUCUCUAUGAUUCGAUAUAUGCUUGUGCGUAUUCUAUUUGGUUUGUAUAAUUUAUGGCGUGUACAUAUCAGCGAUUUUUCAAAAAAGGUAUUCAGCAAAGUAUAUGCUACUAAUAAUUCUACUGGUAGUAGUAUUAGUACUACUGCUGAAACAUCACGAUUAUCACCUUCAAUAGUUCGGAAAAUUAGCCAACAGAACAGAUCUAAUAUACAUGUAUGUGUACAUAGAUGACAAAUGAUUAGUUGGUGUGUGAAUUGCAUAUUUCUGUACUGAUCGAUUACAGUUUUGUGUAGGUCCAGCGGUUCAAUGUUCCAAUAAUUAACUUCAUCCACGUAUUGUAUUUAAUUUCAGUUCAUUCGUGUAUCUCUUUUUCUCUUUCAUAUUUUCAGCUAUUUUGUAAAUAGAAAUGUAUUCGGUAC